UCCAUAAGGGAUAAAAUGGUAAAAGCACAUGCGAAACCCUAAACCAUGGAGGAGUCUAAUUCAAAUUCAACGCCAGAGACGACGAUCGCUCAUUCGCUGUAAUCAAGGAGGAGGAGGAGGAGGCUAGCUUCAAGACCCGGAUUCCCAAACGACGAAGCUGAUUUGGCUUCUGUUAAGAGUAGUGCAAGAUUGUUCGUGGAUUUAUAGUUACAAACAGGGAGAAAAGGUAAUGGCAAUCGAAGGUGGGAAGAAAUCUAGGAGAGAUCGUCUCAAAGCGAUUGAGGAGAAGGCUCAAAAGUUGUGGGAAGAAAAUGGUGUUUUCAGGGCUGAAUCUUGUGAAAAGCCCCCUGAACCAGGGGAGAAGUUCUUUGGGAACUUCCCUCUUCCUUACAUGAAUGGUUUUUUGCAUCUAGGGCAUGCAUUCUCACUCUCGAAGCUAGAGUUUUCUGCUCGUUUUCAUAGGUUAAGAGGUGCUCAUGUGCUACUCCCGGUUGGUUUCCACCUCACUGGCAUGCCCAUCAAAAGUAUUGGCCUGUCUGCCAUUGAUAUAUCAGAACUCCAGAAUCCAUCGAACUGGUUGAGCUACUUCCCUCGAGUUGCAGUGAAAGAGCUCAAGGCAUUUGGCUUGGGCUGUGACUGGAGGCGCUCCUUUAUUACCACAGACAUGAACCCAUACUUUGACAAGUUUCUGAGAUGGCAGAUGAGGAAACUAAAAUCUAUGGGUAAGAUUGUGAAGGAUAUCCGUUACACAAUCUACUCUCCUUUGGAUGGCCAGCCAUGUGCAGAUCAUGAUAGGGCAACUGGUGAAGGAGUUCGGCCCCAAGAGUACACCAUCAUCAAAAUGGAGGUGGUGGCACCUUUUCCUCCUAAACUGGGAGUGUUGAAGGGAAAGAAAGUCUUCCUUGCUGCCGCAACAUUGAGACCUGAGACUUCUUAUGGUCAAACAAAUGCAUGGGUGUUGCCUGAUGGCAAGUAUGGAGCCUUUGAAAUCAAUGAAACAGAUGUCUUCAUUCUUACGCAGAGAGCAGCACUUAAUCUUGCCUAUCAGAAGUACUCUAGGGUUCCAGAAAAGCCUUCUUGCUUGGUUGAGAUGACUGGCUAUGAUUUGAUUGGCCUUCCAUUGAAGUCUCCACUUGCACUCAAUCAGAUCGUUUAUGCCCUUCCUAUGUUGACCGUCCUAACAGACAAAGGUACUGGGAUAUUGACUAGUGUACCUAGUGAUGCUCCUGAUGAUUAUAUGGCCUUGGAAGAUUUAAAAUUGAAACCAGCGUUUAGAGAAAAAUAUGGUGUGAAGGAUGAAUGGGUCAUGCCCUUUGAUAUCAUUCCAAUAAUCAAAAUUCCGGAAUAUGGAGACAAGGCUGCUAAAAAGGUUGUGGAAGAUCUCAAAAUCAAAAGUCAGAAUGAGAUAGAGAAGCUAGCAGAAGCCAAGAGGUUGACAUCCUUGAAAGGUUUAACUGAAGGAAAACUGCUUGUGGGAGAAUUCAAAGAAAGGAUAGUCCAGGAGGCAAAACCAUUGAUAAGGAGCAGGCUAUUAGAGGCAGGUGAUGCAAUCAUGUAUAGCGAGCCUGAAAAGCAGGUAGUUUCACGAUCUGGUGAUGAAUGUGUUGUUGCUCUUAUAGAUCAAUGGUGCAUCACAUAUGGGGAAGCAGAAUGGAAAAAAACUGCUCAGGAGUGCUUGUCAUGCAUAAAUUUAUAUUCUGACACGACACGACAUGGAUUUGUACACACAUUGAAUUGGUUGAGUCAGUGGGCUUGUUCUCGAUCUUUUGGGCUUGGUACACGCAUUCCCUGGGAUGAAGAAUACUUGGUCGAGCCGUUAUCCGAUUCAACUCUUUACAUGGCUUAUUACACCAUUGCUCACCUGUUACACAAUGAAGACAUGUAUGGCAGCUCCAACAGCACAUCUGCAGUAAGAGCUGAACAAAUGACCGAUGAGGUUUGGGAUUUUAUUUUCUGUGAUGGCUCGUAUCCACAAUCAUCUGAUAUCACACCAUCAAUUCUUAACAAGAUGAAGCAGGAGUUUGAAUAUUGGUAUCCUUUUGAUCUUGAGGUGUCUGGUAAGGAUCUAAUCCAGAAUCAUACCUUCUGCAUUUACAACCAUACUGCACUUUUGCCCAAGAAGCACUGGCCUAGUGCGUUUAGAUGCAAUGGGCACCUGAUGCUCAAAUCCACGAAGAAUGCUAAUGGUGCUGGAAAUUUUAUAUCAUUGAGACACGCAAUUGAUCACUAUUCUGCUGAUGCCACGCGGUUUGCUUUGGCUGAUAUUAGUGAUGGUAUUGACGAUGCAUACUUUUCAUUUGAAACUGCAAAUGCGGCCAUCGUACGUCUCACUAAGGAGAUAGAUUGGAUUGAUCGGAUGAAAGAUAAAGAUUUGGGUAAAGACUCUUCUCUGAGAAUAGACUCCCCUUGUACCUUCUCUGACCGGGUCUUUCUGAAUGAAAUAAAUAUUGCUGUGAAGAGGACUGAGCAAAAUUACCAGGGUUGCAUGUUCAGGGAAGCCCUAAAGACUGGCUUUUACGAUCUUCAAGCUGCCAGGGAUUGGUACAGGAUUUCAUGUGGUGGUACUAAUGCAAUGAACCACGAUUUGGUGUGGCGUUUUAUAGAUGUGCAGACCCGUCUUAUUGCUCCAAUUUGUCCCCACUAUGCAGAACAUGUCUGGAGGGAACUUUUAGAGAGGGAAGGAUUUGCAGUAAAUGCAGGCUGGCCCGCGGCUGAUGCUCCAGAUCUAACACUCCAGAGUGCGAAUAAGUAUUUGCAAGACUCAAUUGAUUCAAUAAGGAAGCUGCAUAAUAAACAACUACCAACUUCAAAGAAAACCAAUAUGGGUGCUUCAGCUACUUCUUUGACAGAAGCGUUGAUAUAUGUUAAGGAGAAAUAUGACGGAUGGAAAGCAGAAUGCUUAAGAAUACUCCAACAUGACUUAAAUAGAGAUACUCUUACUUCUGCUCACGAGGACAAGGAGAUAUUUGAGGCAUUGAAGGCUAGUUCUUUUGGUCAAGAUGAUGAUUUUAGCCAAAAGAAUUGUAUGGAAUUUUUGAAGUUCAAGAAGGAGAAGGCAGUUGCACUUGGGAUUCAGGCAUUGGACUUGAAGCUACCUUUCGGAGAGAUUGAAGUCCUUGAACAGAACUUGGACUUGAUUAAAAAACAAAUACAUGGUCUUGAAGAGGUACAAGUUUUGUCAGCUAUCAAUGCUGCUGAUAUUGCUAGAGCUGGUCCUCAUGCUAGACUGCUAGAGAAGAAUCCUCCCUCUCCUGGAAGCCCAACUACGGUUUUCUUGACCCGGUAAAUUUUGCACAUAUAUGCAAUUCUGCCCCUACUGACAUCAUUCUGCUGCUGUUGCUUUUGGAUCUUUCCUUUCUUCCCGAGACAUCAUCAUGUGUUCAUCGAUUGGGAUUCUCUUACUUCCACAUGUAAAUACCAACACACUUUUGAUCUUAUUGUUAAUGGUUUUCAAUCAACUGAUGGUUACAGAAGGUAGCUAGUUACAGCUAGUUUAAUUAUCAGUUCCGAUUUCUGUUUGUUGGAGCUCAA